AUGGAUUGUAUUCGUUUCUGGACUGUUAUUUUUGGAUGUGGGUUCAUCUUAUUUGUAAUGAAGCAUUAUUUAAUUGUAGUUGUCUUUGUUCCUUAUACUUAAAUACUAAAUUGAAUUUUAUAGAUAUCCUGUGAAGAAUCAAACUAAUUCAGAGACUACAGCUAUAGUAUCAGCAUGUGUAUAUUUGGCUUUGAGUAUUGGUUUCAUAAUUUGGGGAAAGAGGAAGGCUGAUAAGCAUAAAUUAGAGAUUUAAUAUAACAAUUUGCCAGCUAAUUAAUUUGAAGCAGCUCCUGAAAUAGAGAAUGAGAAAAAGAUGGAGUUAUGA